AUGACUUCAAAUUUUAAUAAUAAUGAAAGUUAUACAACUAUUGAUACAAAGCCUUCAUCUAAUUUAAUUAAUAAUAAUAAUAUGAAUGAUCCAAAUUUAUCAUCUUCAAUACAAUUUCAAAAUAAUACUAAUGGUGAUAAUUCAUUUAAUAAACCUCAAGUAUCUAAUUUAACAAAGACAUUAUUAUCUUCAAAUACAUCAUCAUCAUCAAAUCAUAAUACUAAUAAUAGUACUAGCAAUACCGAUAAUAACAAUGCCGACAACAAUAAUGAUACUCUAACAAAUUUAAAUACUACUACUACUGAUUAUAUAUCUGGAAUUCAUUAUGAUGACAAUAGCAACAAUCAUCAACAAAAUCAAUCAUCAAAUCAAAAAUAUAAUGGAUCAUUUCCACAACAAAUUCCAAAUUCACAAAACUCUUUUAAUUAUAUACCAUCAUCACAUAAUACUCCUACUGUUGUUGGAACAUCUUAUACUUCAAAUCUUUCAUAUAAUGCUUCAUUACCUUCAACUAAUAAUUUUAUAUCACAACCAAUCCCAACUACAAAUUCUUCAUUUCAAGAUAAUAAUCAUAAUAAUCAUCAAAAUCAAUUACAUGGUAUACAUCCACCAAGUUCAUUAACUUCUUCUGGAUUUAAACCAAAUUCUUUAACUCAACAUGCAUUACCUACUACAAAUGUUUAUACAGAUACUGUUACUUCAUCUUCGUCAUCAUUAAAUAAUAGAUCUUCAUUACCAAAUUUUCCAAAAUUUACACCAUCACUGUUAAAUCAACCACCACCACAGCAACAACAACAACAAUCAUCUUUUUCAAUCCCCAAUAAUUAUCAACCACCAAUAGUUUAUCAUCCAACUCAAUUUGGAAGUUCUUCUUUACAACAUACUUAUCAACAAAGAAUUCCAAGUUCUUUACCAACUAAUCCUUCAAUUAAUCAACAAUCUUCAUUUAUAGAUAAUUCACAACAACAACCCCCACAACCCUCACAACCCUCACAACAACCGCAAUAUGUUAAUAGACUUCAACAAAUUUUAUCUCAUGAUAAACAACCAAAUUCACUUCCUACUUCUGGAUCAAUUCCUAUACCACAAAGUGGUGGUAAUACUUUCUCACAACCACAAUCACAACCACAAUCACAACCACUAGCACAACCUUCAACAGCUCAAGAAAAUCAUAAAAGUCACAAACACCAACAACAACAACCAUAUGUGCAACCAGAACCAGAUCAUUAUCUUACAUACAAUGAAUUCCUACAAGAACUUAAUAAAAAGGAUCAAUUAGAGAAUGGUACAAAUUUUGAAGAACAUUUAAAUAUAGUUGAUUUCCCAGUCAAUGAUUUAAUAAUAAUGUUAUCAUGUUUAUUAACUAAAAUAAUAGAAGCAAAUGAUAAAUUACAUCCAAAUCAUUUUGAAAAUACAAUAGCAAUUAGACAAAAGAUAAAAGAAGAGAAAAAAAUGAAAAAAUUACAUAAAUCAAAAAAUCAAAAUGAAUUUAAUCAAGGUUUUAUAAUAGAUCAACACCACCAUAACAAAAAUGAGAACUCAAUGGAUGAAGAUAUUAUUGCAAAAGAAAAUUAUAAAAUAGAUGAAGAUGAAAUUGAAGAAGAUUAUGAUGAAGAAAAUCAUGAUAAUAACGAGGAAGAUGACGAUGAUGAAGAAGAUGAUGAAAUGAAAAAUAAAUAUUUAGCUAAUGUAUUAGCAUUUCAUGGUACAAAUGUUCCAGGUAUAUCAUUACAAGCAUAUUUAGCAAGAGUUUUGAAAUAUUGUCCAGUUACAAAUGAAGUAUUUUUAUCAUUAUUAGUAUACUUUGAUAGAAUUGCAAAAAAAGCAAAUAAUUUAAAUCAAAAAAGAAAACAUCAACCACCACAAACACCUGAUACUUCAACAACUACAUCAUCUUCAACAUCGUCAGAAGCAGAACAAUUAUUUGUAAUGGAUUCUUAUAAUAUUCAUAGAUUAAUAAUAAGUGGAAUAACAGUAAGUUCAAAAUUUUUUUCAGAUAUUUUUUAUAAAAAUUUAAGGUAUGCAAAAGUUGGAGGAUUACCAUUAGAAGAAUUAAAUUAUUUAGAAUUACAAUUUUUAUUAUUAUUAGAUUUUAAAUUAAUGAUUAGUGUUGAAGAUUUACAAAAUUAUGGUGAUUUAUUAUCAAGAUUUUGGAAAAGAGAACAACAACAACAACAACAAUCUCAAAAUCAUGAUAGUAUUGCUCAAUCUCAAUUGAACCAACCUAGUGGUGGUAAUGGUAAUGGUGAUGAUCAAAGUAUUCAUCAAACAAGUGAAGUAAAAGGUUGA